UCUCUAUUUUUCCAUCCGGUGCACCGUGAUUACCCACACCGCUGCACCGAUGAUGGCUGGGAUGUUGGUUUUCGAUUGCCCCGCGGGCCGCUGGUUGCCGGGGAACGCUCGGGAAGGCGCACUGCAUGACAAUAUUGUACCGUUCCGCUCUGGGAUAUUCGGGCCUACUCGGGCUGGCACCCUUUCAGCAGGCAGGCGCCGAACUCCUUCCUCCAGUUGUGCACGUAAUCCUUUCCUGGCACCAGGGCAGCUUGCAGAGGGUGUCGGCGCAGCCGCACGUCGCCUCGACCUUGCAAACGAUGGUCGUAAAGCGCUUGUACUCGUCUGGUGGGCAGGCGUCGCCCUCCACGGCGGCCAUGGCGCCGGCGGUCUCCGGGUCCUUCACGCGCAGGUGCGCAACCGCCGCCGGGGCGAAGCCGAGCAGGGCGGCGAGGAGGAUCGAAGAAAAACAAGCGGCAUCAAUUAUAUUUAUGCAGUCUUUCAUUCUUCGAAUGAGGAGCCUCGAAGGCUGCAUUGCAGGAAACCGGAGGGAGAGGGGAAGUGUAACGCCAGCACCACAGACCAAAUGUUUCUCAUCCGGCGGCCGGUGGCCCGCGGUGUCCCGCAGGUCGUGCCUCAAGCGCCGGACCUGCAACCAAGGCAGCAUCGGGUGGCGCAGCGAGCAGUCACUCCGAGGACGGGGUGAUCUCGCGGAGGUUGCUGCCCCCAGUGCUGCGAGCCGAUACGACCCAGGAGAGGGGAGGAAAAGCUGCGCGCCCUCCACCUGGGCUGUCCAAGUGGAACGGGGGGGUGACUCUCGCAGUCCUCGCU